UCGAGUUGAGCCGCAGACGCAGACGUUGCGAUCAAGCUACGUACAUCUCAAGAAAGAGAAGUAUUUAUACUAAGCUUAUUUAUACUGACCAUUUUCGAGUUGUACAUUUCAGAAAUCAAAGAAAGGAAGGAAGUAACUAGAACGCUUGUCGACAGGUUAACUGAACGUCGAACAAAAGAAAUCCUUUCUCAGAAGAAACAAAUCCUUAUUAUUCUUUAGUUAUGAGUCAUGUGGUCGUCGAAAAUGCACACGGUCUAGAUAAGCAGCUUGCUGCCCUAGACUUGAACUCCGCUGGAGACGGACAAGGUGGCGGAGGAACGGGGAGGCGUUACAUUCCUCCUCAUCUGCGGAACAAAGAAGCUUCCAGGAGUGAUUCUGCUGGGUGGGAUGGUGGACGCUGCAAUGGCUUUGUAAAUGGCUACCAUGAUGGCAGGGACAACCGAUUGAAUGGUGAUCGAAGUGGUUUUGGAGGACGUGGACCAUCUCGCUCAGACAGAGGUGGGAGCGGCGGGUACCGUGGCAACAGAGGAUUUGGUUAUGACAAAGAUGGUGGAUGGAAUUCUUCCAAAGACAGAGAUGCUUAUUCCAGCUUUGGAGGACGCAGUGAUAGAGGAAAAUCUUCAUUCUUUGGUGACAGAGGAGCUGCAUCUCGAGGAAGGUAUGAACGUGGAGGCUUUGGUGGAGGCAGUGGCCGCUGGGCAGAGGACUCAAGGGAUGAGGAGGACUGGUCCAAACCCACUUCUCCAAAUGAGCGCCUUGAGCAUGAGCUCUUCUCUGGAAGUAACACAGGAAUUAACUUUGAGAAAUACGAUGACAUUCCUGUGGAGGCCACCGGCACUAAUUCCCCUCCCCACAUUGAAAGCUUCCAUGAUGUUGACAUGGGAGAGAUCAUCAUGGGCAAUAUUACUCUGAGCCGCUAUAGCCGACCCACUCCAGUUCAGAAGCAUGCAAUUCCAAUCAUCAAGUCCAAGAGGGACCUGAUGGCUUGUGCACAGACAGGUUCUGGAAAAACAGCAGCGUUUUUACUUCCAGUGCUGAGUCAGAUUUACACUGAGGGUCCAGGCAAGGCCUUGCAGGCAGUCAAAGCCAGCAGCCAGGAAAAUGGAAAGUAUGGACGUCGUAAGCAGUAUCCAAUCUCUUUGGUACUGGCACCUACAAGAGAGCUUGCUCUCCAGAUCUAUGAUGAGGCAAGAAAGUUUGCCUACCGAUCCAGAGUGCGCCCUUGCGUUGUGUAUGGGGGGGCUGACAUUGGGCAGCAGAUCCGGGACUUGGAGAAAGGCUGUCACCUUCUGGUGGCUACACCUGGACGUCUGGUGGACAUGAUGGAAAGGGGAAAAAUUGGUCUGGAUUGCUGCAACUACCUGGUUCUGGAUGAGGCAGACCGCAUGCUUGACAUGGGCUUUGAGCCCCAGAUCCGCCGUAUUGUUGAGCAGGAUACCAUGCCACCAAAAGGCCUCCGUCAGACAAUGAUGUUCAGUGCUACCUUCCCCAAGGAAAUUCAGAUUCUUGCCCGUGACUUUUUGGAUGAGUACAUUUUCUUGGCUGUGGGUCGUGUCGGUUCAACUUCUGAGAACAUCACCCAGAAGGUGGUCUGGGUUGAAGAAAAUGACAAGCGAUCCUUCUUGCUAGAUCUGCUGAAUGCAACAGGCAAGGAUUCCCUCACCCUGGUGUUUGUGGAAACUAAGAAGGGUGCUGACGCCCUUGAGGACUUCCUGUACCGUGAGGGCUAUGCCUGUACCAGUAUCCAUGGGGACCGUUCACAGAGAGACCGGGAAGAGGCACUUCAUCAGUUCCGUUCUGGGAGGUGCCCGAUCCUGGUUGCUACGGCGGUUGCUGCUCGUGGACUUGACAUCUCAAAUGUUAAGCAUGUCAUCAACUUUGACUUGCCUAGUGACAUUGAAGAAUAUGUCCACCGUAUUGGACGCACUGGGCGUGUUGGAAACCUUGGCUUGGCUACAUCAUUCUUCAAUGACAAGAAUAGCAACAUCACCAAAGAUCUCCUGGACCUCCUUGUGGAAGCUAAGCAGGAGGUUCCUUCUUGGCUGGAGAGCCUGGCAUAUGAGAGCCACCACAAGGGUGGCAGCCGGGGUCGCUCUAAGAGCAGGUUCUCUGGUGGCUUUGGUGGUCGGGAUUACCGCCAAAGCAGCAGCAGCAGCAACAGCUUUAGUAGCCGUGGAGGCCGCAGCACUGGGGGCCAUGGGGGAAGCAGAGGGUUUGGUGGUGGUAAGGGUGGCUUUGGGAACUUCUACAACAGUGAUGGUUAUGGGGGAAGUUAUUCCCAGGUUGACUGGUGGGGAAACUAAGAUCCCCCCCCUCCCCCCCCCCCAGCUGGAGUGUAGAUGAUGCCAAACUAGCUGAAUGGAAACCACAUGGAACUUUGCCAGACUAUACCCUGUGUAGCUUCAAGAACUCGCAGUACAUUACCAUCUGUGAUUCUCUGCCAACAUUCAGAAACCAAGCACUAAGACAGAAGAUGGCCUGUAAGGCAGCCAGAACAUGACACCCUCAGACUAAAGCAGGCUACUGAUUAUGCCUAACAGAAUCUUGGACUAGUUUUCCACUGUGCAUUAUUUUCUUUAUUUUUAAAACUAAGCAUAAUUGGUUAAUGUACCUUUAAAACUGCAAAAUUAUUUUUAAAUGUCAUUAAUGGCUGAACUUGGCCAAGAGAUCAGUUCUUUUGUAAGACAUAAAUCUUGUACUGAGUCAAACCUUGGCAAACACUGGGAAGACUCGACUCGAAAGGGUCGUCAUUCCAUUUUGAAUCUCAAAUUGUCACAAGGGACAUUGCUUGUGCUGUUCCCUAUAGUUGGGGCUACCAGUUUGUGGAACCACCAUGGAAAUGAGGUCUUGAUUGUGUGACAACUGUUUCAAAGGAUGAGUUCUAAUUAUUUUGCUCACUCUAUCCUGGGUAGGUACCUGUAAGGAUAUGGUUGUCUUGAAAAGCCAUUCCAGUGGCAAACUUAAUCUGAGCAUUUUGUGUUUACACAAUUUAUUAUGCUGAAACAAAAUACUUUCUGUGAUUGACUUGAGUGUUAACGGCAGCUAGUAACGUAUCACAAGCUAGCCAUUAGGUGGGGCAGUGUUUUUUCUUUUUUUAUAAAUUGUCCUGUACUUGAACUAUUAUACAGUUGAAAAAUUUCAUGUUUCUUAAACUUAAAUUGACAAACUGCCAUAUUGCAAGUGAAUUUGGAAUGGCUUACAUAAGGACCAGAACACCGAAGUGGCCCUCUAGAAUGUUGACUGGCCAAUUCGGUUUAAAACGCAUGCUAGUGUUGGUGUUUUUUGGUCAAGGACAUAAAACAAAAGUUCUGCAGCGGGCUUUAAUUUUAUUACAGACAUACUCUUUUUUUCAAGCUGCGUUACUCUGAAGGAACGUUCUUGGCUUACUUGGAGGCAUGGCUCUCUUUCAAAGGCUAAAAUUGGGUUGCAGAGGUUGUCAAUGUACACAACAGCUUUAGGGUGAUGGCAGGGGCAGUCAAGUGCAGUUUGCACCACUUUUCUUUCUUUUUCUUUUUUUGUUGCAUGGUUUCAUUACAUACUGGCUAUAUGUUCCACUAGAUAUGGCCAAAGGACUGGUUCUCCCACUUCUGUAUGUUAGUGCCCCCUUGGUGAGCUACUUGGCUGUCUAGGAAGCCAGGAGUGGCAUUCGUCACAGUGUAGGGGGAGGCAAGAAAAUGGCAUUCUGUGUAAGUGCAA